CACAAGCCAGAGAGGGCGGUGAAGCGAAGAAAGAAGGGGAACAAAGAAGAAAUGUAUUCCAUAAAAGAUCGAGUUUCAGAGACCCUUUCGCGUCUCUUCUCUGAUUCUCCAAUUCAAUCUGUAGACAAUCAACCUGUGGCCGGGCCAGAUUCUAAAGACGGGAAGUCUUUAUCUUCCAUACUUUCCUUUGUGCUUCCAUCAUCGAGUUUUGAUAGGUCGAAUGACCAGCAUGAUAGAACGCCAGUCCAGUCUCCUUCUUUUACGUGGAGAAGUAGAAGUUUUAAAUUGGAAGACAGACCUUUGGAGAGAUUUGAUGAUUGUGACUUUGAGGAGGAUUACGAAGACACCCCAUACUCUCGUAGUGGAAAUGGGGUGAGCGAAUUUAAUAGGAUCUGUUUAAUGAAUGGACGCGCAGAAAACAUCGAACCUAACUCUGCAAGGAGUGUUGCUAGUGGUUAUGAAGUUUUUGAGGAUGCUCAUGGAUUUGACUUUGAAGCCAUGCCUAAUCUCAGUCAAGAGUCUCUUUUUGUUACUCCAAACUUGUAUGAGUUUCUCCAAGCAUCCCUUCCUAAUAUAGUCAAAGGGUGUCAAUGGAUCUUGUUGUACAGCACGAAUAGAGAUGGUGUUUCACUACGUACACUCAUUCACAAGAGCACUGAUGCUUCUGGUCCAUGUUUGCUAAUUACGGGUGACAAGGAAGGUGCUGUGUUUGGUGGAUUGCUUGAUGCACCGCUGACACCCACUGCAAAGGCAAAAUAUCAGGGGACAAAUCAAACGUUUGUGUUUACAACUAUAUAUGGUGAGCCGAGGCUGUUUAGAGCAACUGGUGCCAAUCGGUACUUCUUUUUGUGUACGAACGAGCAACUUGCUUUUGGAGGGGGAGAACAUUUUGCUUUAAGCAUGGAUGGUGAUCUGUUGUCUGGCAGCAGCGGGCCUUCUGAAACUUUUGGGAACUCAUGCUUAGCCCAUAAUCAAGAAUUUGAAUUAAAGAAUGUUGAGCUAUGGGGUUUUAAACAUGCAUCUCGUUACCUUGUUUGAUGCCAUUGCAUGCCUCCAGAACUGGUAUAGCGUGAACCUUGGGUGGCACACAUAUGGUGAGGCACAAUGAAACAUCAUUCCCAGGUGGCAUUUGCCUUUCACUUAAAAGGUUUGAUCAUACAUAUAGUUUGAUCACCAUCGACAUGGUAUUAUGUGGUUG